ACUUUUUUAAAAAAAAUUUUUCCCAAAUUAAAAAUUUAGCUUCGCCGUAAAAAUGCUACAAAUAAUUGUGCUUUUGCUCACAACAUUACCCUACAUCCACGGACAAAAUGCAGAACGCAUGGAAGCAGACAAUCGUGUUUAUAUAGGUGAUUUCACGCAGCCUCCCUACAGUAUGGGCAAAGCAGACAAUAGUAUCGCCUAUCCUUACCACAGCAACUAUCUCAGUUUUUCGCUCAACAACAACAACGGUUAUCAGCCGUUCAAUCCUAAUAUUGCACCUAUGGGCAAGGCAGACAAUAGUAUCGCAUAUUCUUACCACAACAACUAUGUCAGUUUUCCACCUUCCAACAACAAUGGUUAUCAGCCGUUCAAUCUCCAUAGUGUGCCUACAACAAUGCCUAACCACCAAACAUCAACUCUUGGUGGAUAUAAUGGGCACUCCGUUUACGCUAACUAUGCACCCCUUAAUACCUGGCAAGGUUACAACAAUUUUGGCAUGGCAAGAACAUAUGGAGUCGGCAUAUCUAGCAAUGCUAACUUCGUGCCCGUAACCUACAGCACUCAUCAGCCGAUCAUGGAUGGGCGUCAUACGAGUAUAGGCGCGGCUUUAGGCGGCAGCAUGAAUGGCAUGUCUGCCUAUCCGCCUAACGGUCACUACAACGGCUACUAUCCGUACAAGUCGCUGGGUAUUUUACAGUCAUUUAAGUGAUGUACAAGCCCGUGCAUGGA